CAGAAGAAAAAGGACAAGGAAGACGAGGACAGCGACAACACGAGGCCGCGCACGUGCGACACUCUUCCUGUCUCGGGUAUUCUGAACUUGAUUGUCGGUACGUGGCGAUCGGUACCAGUGAUUCGGUACACCGCGACCGUCAUCGGUCAUCGUCAGUCGAACAGUCGAGCUCCAUUGUGCUUAUUGCGACGGUUUAUAGUUGAGUUCACGCGGAACAAUUAAAAUCAUAGCAUCUUCGAACUUAUUACGAAGUAUUGCCGUCCGUCCGUUUGUUCGUUCGUCGCAAACGUCAUAAGUCAAAUAACGUCGUGAACGAACGUAUUGACGACAGCGUUGAGAAAGGAAGAAAGAAGAAAGAAAAAGCAAUAAUACGAUGGCCAAUUUACGACAAACACCGUUGACAUGUAGCGGACACACGAGGCCCGUGGUUCAUCUCGCCUUUUCUGAUGUCACCGAAUCCGGAUAUUAUCUCAUUUCGGCGUGCAAAGAUGGCAAGCCUAUGUUACGACAAGGCGACACUGGAGAUUGGAUCGGUACAUUUGAAGGACACAAAGGGGCAGUAUGGGGUGUAGCGUUAAAUCCACAAGCUACUCGAGCUGCAACUGGUGCAGCUGAUUUUAAUGCUAAAGUCUGGGAUGCAAUUAAAGGAGAAGAAAUCCAUUCUUUUCAGCAUAAGCAUAUUGUUAAAUCAGUCAAUUUUAGUACUGAUUCCAAUUAUCUAUGUACUGGCUCUUAUGAAAAGCUCAUACGUAUUUAUGAUCUUAAUAAACCAGAAGCACUUCCACAAAUAUUUUCCGGUCACGCAAGUGGUAUUAGGCAUGUCACUUUCUUUGAUAAUAAUUCUGCCUUAAUUACUUGUGCAGAUGAUAAAACAUUGAGAGUAUGGGAUAGAAAUAGUGGACAAGAAAUUAAAAGAUUAGAUUUCCCUGCAAUUCCAAGUUCCAUGGAAGUAUCUAAGGACGGUAGUAUCAUUACUACAACUCACUCUAAUAUUGUUACCUUCUGGAAUAGUAAAGAAUUAACCAAGAUAAAAGAAUUUACGGUUCCGACUCAAGUUAAUAGUGCCAGCUUGCAUCCGGAUUGUAGUAUGUUUGUUUGUUGUGGAGAAGACUUUAAGAUGUACAAGUUUGAUUAUAAUACAGGAGCAGAGUUAGAAUCAUUCAAAGGACAUUUUGGGCCUGUGCAUUGUGUACGCUUUUCACCAGAUGGUGAAUUGUACGCCAGCGGAUCCGAGGACGGUACCUUGAGAUUAUGGCAGACGAUAAUCGGUAAAACCUACGGACUAUGGCGUUGCAUAGAGCAGACGCCUGCGAUUCAAGAAAAUGCCAUGGUUAAUAAUAAACAAGAAGUUCCUGCCAAUUAAAUUGAAACCUUAGAAAAGCAAGAAAAUCUUCAGACAUUUUUCCAAAAGUCCAAAAAGAGGCAUGUUGGACCAAACUCGACCGAGUAUAUACUUCGAGGAUAAACCUCCUGUAAAUGCAACAUAUUGAAUAUUUUUUUUAUGGGCCAUUGUUAGUCCCAUGAAUUCCCUGUAAAUAACGCAUCCUUUUAGAAGAUAAUCGUCGACCUUCACGGAACUUACAUUUUAUUUCAGAUUAGUAAGUCUAAAAAAUCAAACUUUAAGGUCCGUGAAGGCAAACGCACGCGCAAUAUUUAUAUCACGUUAUUUAUAUAAGAAAAACG